AGUAAUUUAAUGCUGGAAUCAGCCAAAUCAAGCAGGAUUCUUCAUUAUUCAAUACCCAAUUCUCAUCUUUCCAUGGAAACUUCGUAAAAGCCUCUAUCUCUCGAAACCCAAAAUCGAUUUUCCUCCAUUCAUCGUGCACCCCUAUCUACUUUCCAAAAGCCAACAAAUAACCCUUUAAACAAUCCCCUUUUGUUUGGUUGUCGCCUGUAGGAUCUUGCUCCAUUUCAACACAGCCACAAGGAAUCUCUAUCUCUCUAUCCUGAAACCUCCAUCCCCCCACUUUCUUCUUCCUCCAUUAUCGGCGAAACCCAGUUCUGGGUUUGUUCCCGGCCACUCUCCGAUUGUCCUCUCGAGUAGGCGCAAAAGAUGGCUCAGAUUUUAGCACCAUCUACUCAAUGGCAGAUGAGAACCAAACAGAGUGCAACGAGUGCAAGCCCCAUUACUCCUAAGAUGUGGAACUCUCUACUUAUGAGGCAAAACAAGAAAGGAUCAGUAAGAAGCUCUUCUAAAUUCAGAGUAUUCGCCGUCAAAUCUGAAAGUGGCACUAUCAACAGGAUGGAAGAUCUUCUAAAUCUGGACAUCACUCCUUAUACUGACAAGAUUAUUGCUGAAUAUAUUUGGAUUGGAGGAUCUGGCAUUGAUUUGCGUAGUAAGUCAAGGACCAUAUCAAAGCCCGUUGAACACCCAUCUGAGCUUCCCAAGUGGAACUAUGAUGGAUCUAGUACUGGACAAGCACCUGGGGAAGACAGUGAAGUCAUUCUAUACCCUCAAGCAAUUUUUAAGGAUCCCUUCCGUGGUGGCAACAAUAUUUUGGUAAUUUGCGAUGCAUACACACCAGCAGGCGAGCCUAUCCCUACAAACAAACGCCACAGGGCUGCUGAGAUUUUUAGCAACAAGAAGGUUGUGGAUGAAAUUCCUUGGUAUGGGAUAGAGCAAGAGUACACCUUACUUCAAACAAAUGUGAAGUGGCCAUUAGGUUGGCCAGUUGGAGCCUAUCCUGGUCCUCAGGGUCCUUAUUACUGUGGUGUCGGAGCCGAUAAGUCAUUUGGCCGAGAUAUAUCAGAUGCUCAUUACAAGGCUUGCUUAUACGCUGGUAUCAACAUCAGUGGCACCAAUGGAGAAGUUAUGCCUGGCCAGUGGGAAUAUCAAGUUGGCCCUAGCGUUGGGAUCGAAGCUGGAGAUCAUAUUUGGUGUUCUAGAUACAUUCUUGAGAGGAUUACUGAGCAAGCUGGGGUGGUUCUCUCACUUGAUCCAAAACCAAUUGAGGGUGACUGGAAUGGAGCUGGAUGCCACACCAAUUACAGUACGAAGAGCAUGAGAGAGGAGGGAGGUUUUGAAGUCAUCAAGAAGGCUAUUCUGAAUCUGUCUCUUCGCCACAAGGAUCAUAUUAGUGCUUAUGGAGAAGGGAAUGAGAGAAGGUUGACAGGAAAGCACGAAACGGCAAGCAUUAACACCUUCUCCUGGGGAGUGGCCAACCGUGGUUGUUCAAUCCGUGUGGGACGUGACACUGAGAAGCAAGGCAAAGGUUAUUUGGAAGACCGACGUCCCGCUUCAAACAUGGACCCAUACGUCGUGACUGCGCUGCUGGCAGAAACAACGAUACUGUGGGAGCCAACGCUCGAGGCCGAAGCACUUGCUGCUCAGAAAGUCUCAUUGAAGGUCUAGAGCCAAUGAGUCGUAUAUGGUCUCGAGGGCAAAGUUCUAAGUUGAUUAGGAUAAAUUACUCGAACAUGGAGAAGAGUUUCCCUCAUUCUGUUGGAUAACGCAGAGAAGACCUUUUGUAUAUAAAGGUCUUGAAGUCUUCCAGUAGUCAAAGCUUUUCAGAACAAACCUUCAUCUGUGAACUUUGCAGAUGAUUUGACUUGUUUCUGAUUGAAUUUAUUUGAUGCAUGUUCUAGACAAAGAACUGUUUGUGUUCAUUUUAUUUUAAUGUUUAUUCAAUUGGGUUUGGACUGUGCCCCUUGAUCAGUUA